GUUCCAUCCUCCUUCCAUCUUAAUUCCAUCUUGAUACUACUGGCGACCCAUCGUAAUGACGGACAUAGAGCAGCCAUUCACGCGUGUGCCGUAUGAGAACUAUCGCCGCGUAUUUCGGACCUCCCAAAAACAUUUCGAAAGGGAUUUUGGCGAGCUUAUCAAGCGAACUGCAACUGGAUCGGCGUUAGGGACAGAGGAGAUAGAUGCCAUGAUUGCGAGGGUAGAGGGACUGAAGCGAAAGCUCUCGGAUUUGCAAACUACCUCUGGUCAACCUACCCUUGAUGUUAUCCGGGAGCGCCUGCAGCAUCUUUCCGACUCAUCAACGUCAACUUCUACUCAGCUCGACCGUUGGCUCGUCGACUGGGCUCUGCGUACGGGAAAGCCGUCGACUGCACGCUCGAUAGCCCAGUCUCGGGGCAUUGAGACACUGGUGGAUAUAGAUCUGUUCAUGGACAUGCAUCGCAUCGAGUCCGCCCUUUCAGAACAUAGAUGUACCGAGGCUUUGGCUUGGUGUAGCGAAAACAAGGCAGCAUUAAGGAAAAUGAAGAACACCCUCGAGUUUGACCUGCGGUUACAAGAGUACAUUGAGAUGUGUAGACGAAGAGAGAGCCAGGAUGCCAUUGCGUACAUGCGGAAGUACCUGGUACCAUGGCAGGAGACGCAUCUCCAAUCUAUUAUGCAGGCCGCCAACCUCUUAGCUUUCAGACCGGGUACCACCUGCGGUGUCUACAAGCGACUGUAUGAUCUGUCACGUUGGACGACACUCACUGCAUCUUUUCGUUCCAGUGUUUACGCCCUCAACGCCUUUCCGACAGAACCUAUACUAUAUCUAGCCCUCUACGCUGGUCUUGCUGCCCUUAAGCUUCCCGCAUGCAGCAACCACGACACGCGCAACGUCGACUGUCCUGUAUGUGACGUAGGCUGGGGCGGGCGAGAUCGUUCUGGCGACGCCAGAGAAGGCUUAGGGCUCGGACGCCUCGCAAAGGAGGUCCCAAUGAGCCAUCAUGCAAAUUCAGUGAUUGUCUGUCGGAUCAGCGGCAAGAUAAUGGACGAGGAUAAUGGUCCGAUGGCCUUUCCAGAUGGGCAUGUCUAUUCACGGGAGGCUCUGGAAGAUAUGGCCGCAAGAAAUAAUGGCAUUGUGACAUGCCCUCGGUGCGGCACGAGUUGUGAAUUUACCGCGCUACGGAAGGUGUUUAUCUCAUAAUUGACACGGACAUGACGGUUGCUCUCCGGCUGGCGGUAUGUACAUAUGUGUACUGUAUAUUUUAAUGAUUGUUCUCCGGCCAGAAAUUCGUGGCGUUCUCUGUCACAUCGACACCUGCAGUCGCAUAAUAUCAUAUUCAACAUGUCACCUUUGGGCCGCACAUAGUUCGCCGUUAAUUAGGCGGGACCGUUUACUGGUCCGUUCCGAAAUUCAAGGAUUCCCAUUGUGGCUCUGAUUUUCUGUCCACCAAAUGCCACAAAUCGCGUCCU